AUGGCAGGUGCAGCGCAACGAAGGAGAAUCUCCACGCGGUCCACACCUCUUCCACUUUGGUCCAACCCACAUACACGCGAGCUCUGCUUCGACGUCUAUUUCCAUCUCCCCGGUCGCUCAGCACUCGGAAGACUCUCGGUCCACCGUUCGCAGUCUCUAACCUGCAUGCGGGCAGCACUACAACGUCACUUCGGAGUUCCAUUCGAGCAUCAACAACUCUUUCUCCACGAUGAACAACUCGAAGGCGACGACGACUUAAUCGACUACGGGUUACAAGAUAAAAGCGUCGUAAUCGUGCGAAUAUCUCCGCGUUUCCGUCGUAUUGGCGACGUCUUCUCUACCAUCCGAACUAUCCGCUUUCCUAGCCCCAUAUCAAGACUAGAAGACUUUCAGAUCGUAGAGAUCCCAGCUAAACUACCACCUUUGCGCAUCGUAUUGCAGCGAAUCUUCCAUGCCGUCUCCUACCUCACACUUCUCGACCGCAAGCAGGAGCAACGAACACAUCGUCGUGUUUGGCGCACCCACGUCACGUUCUGGGACAGAGAGACGGUCUCCGUACCGUUAACCCUCGACGAUAAGAGACCGUCUUCUUACGGUCUUCAAGCGAGCAGCACUGAUCACGUGUCGUCUCUCCUAGCUCUAGCUAAAGUUCACGGAGUUCAGGCUCGUCUCCAUCGUCCUACAAGUCAUCGUUCGUCCGGAGAUCUCCGCAACUUAAAAAAAUGGUUUGCUAGUCUCAAAUAUUUCUCCGACGCUCAACUACCCGACUCAGUUUUCCAAGAACUCGCACGUACGAGCACCUACCUACGUGUACAAUCUGGAGACUUUGUGUUCCGUCAGGGAGAAACCGGCGACUGCUUCUACGUUCUCAUAACUGGUUGCGUGUCUCUAGCAGCCUACAGUACAGGCUUCUUCCGCACACUCACGCCAGGUUCGUGUUUCGGAGAGAUCAGUCUCAUUGAGCCUCAAGGUCUACGGACUGCGACUGCCUGUGCUACCUUCUGUACGACGUGGACGGAGCUGGCUGUGGUGUCUGGAGAUCUCUAUCGACGAGCCAUUAAACCAUACAAACAAGUAGUCUUACGAGCCACGGAGAAGGCCAUCGCGUCGAUCCCACGACUACACGCUCUACCGCCCCACAUCGUCACGCAUCUCGCAUACGCUGCCAAGUCGCUUACAGCACGAGAAGGUCGACCGAUUAUCUGUCGUGGAGAGGAGAUCAGUGUGCUGGUUGUACUGAUCCAAGGCCGUGUCAAACCCCAGCGGUCUUCGGACAAGAAGGGGCACUCGCCACGACAGCGUCACUCGCUCCAUGGGAUGUCGUCGCACUGGAAACUUGUGUCAUGCUCUGUAUCCGUAAAGACACGGUAG